ACCCGCUCCCAUCUCUCGCCUCUCGCCUCCCCACAGCGCGAGCGAGCCCAACACGCAAGCGGAACGCUUCCACCCCCCGCCCCCUCCGCCUUAUCCGAUGGCGUCCCUCACCACCACCACCUCCUCGCCGGCCGCCCUCCCGGCGGCCACCACCACCGCCCCCGCGGCCUCGUCCGUCUCCCCCCACGCCGGCUCCAAGCGGCCGCUCCUCGCGGGCGACGACGCGCCCUGGCGCGCCACCGCGGCCACCGCCCCGGGGGGGCAGGGGAUCCGGCCCGUCCCGCGCAUCCACCACGCGCCCGUCCUGCGCGUCGCAGCGCAGGACGACUCCGCCGCAUACGCCCUCGCCGUCAUGAAGCAUCCGGAUCCGAUCGGGGAGGGGCUGGCCAUGGAGGCCUUCGCGGAGGCAGCCGGGCCGGAGUGCAUCGUACCCGGACAGCAGGCGCCGCUAAGGCUCAUGGGGCUCAAGGUUUGGCCCCUUGAUAUAGAUUUGAAGUUCCUAGAGCCUUUUGGACGGGAGUUGCAUUCUAUGAAAAAGAUGAGAUUUACUCAAAUUCAGACCUAAGGAGACAGUUGCAAUGUUAGAAUGUUCAUGGACAAGUCAUGCAGUGUUAUGGACUCAUCUAUCGCAAACAAGUAGGCGCACGGCAGAUCAGUUCCGUCCAAUGCCAGCUGUUGUUGUAUCCACCUGCUUGCUGAAGUUACAAGACCCGAAUGACAGGAAAUCAGAGGAGACACGGAUAGAAACCACAUUCUUUUGCAUAUCUCAAGCUGCAUCGCCUGAUGGGACGGGAUAUGGCAUCGGGAGCACGGUAACGAUUAGUGAGUAGUAGUUCUGUACGGAGCCCGGGCGCAGCCUCCGCCGCCAUUAUAAGCACAUUGCGUGUAAUACUUCUUUUAUGAUCAUGAAACAUUGAUCCACUGAGAAAAUAUACCGUUCAGGUUCGAAGGCAAA